AUGAUAUGGGACUAUGAUAGUAAUGGCAACCUCUCAGUGGAUUUUGUCUAUUCAGAGCUGGUUAAUGACAAGUGGGGAAAACUAGAUAUUGCUGAAAGGAGCAAUGAGCAAGAAGAAGCAAAAACUCACCCUAACCGCGUCGAGAUCGUGCAACUCGACGACACCACCAGCGAGAUCCUAGCCUCCCACCAAGCUCAUCUUCGUGCCCGACAAGGAGUGCCAGCGCCCCGAUUUGCUCGUCUCCUCCGCCUUUGGCAGAUCUCCGAUUCCGACGGCAGCCGCCGUGUGGAGCUCAAGAGCCUGCUGAACAACGGUCGUAACAGCGAGUUCUCUGGGCCACUCACCUCGUUCGACUAG